AUGUGGGGAAAGCAGCACCAAGGAAAUCUGGAAAUUACUCACUGGCCUCAUGCCAUUGUUAAACGAAUGGACAAAAAUUUUAUUAUUGAGAUAAAUGAUAAAAAGAUUACAGUUUCAGUUGAUCACUUAAAACCAGCAUAUAUAUUUUCAGAACAUAUAGAUACACCUUUAAUUCCUCAGAUUCCACAUCAGAAAGUCUGUGGAGACUCAAACAUUGCUUCAAAACAAGAAACAAAUGCUGUUCAUAUGAAUGUUGGGCAAGGAUCUUAUCUAGAAAUUACGGUGCCAUGGCGUAUAACUGAAGAAGGUUAUUCUACUAGAAUAAACGGCCAACUGUUACAUCUUGAAGCUUCAACAAGUUUGCAAUAUCGAUCAUUAGUAGAAAGUGAAACACUUGAGUUUGAUGUGAGGGUUAAAUAUCCUCAAGUAUGGAAUGACCAUCAAACAUGGAACUGUAGUCUGACAGGAUGUAAAGCUACUGUGCAUCUAAUUUAUGCUCAUAAGUACUUUUUUCACGCUCUUAUGGAAGACUGGGCUUCUAAAUCACGUCCUGAUAUUCUUCAUUUUGUGCCUUAUACAUGGCAUUUUAGUUUGAUUUUAAAGGAGUUUGAAUUAAUAACUGUUGCAAAUGAAUAUAACUGGAUUGAUUGCUCAUCUCAGCACCAAGAAAAUACUUAUAUCGCUGUAUGUGGUGAACAAUUUGAAUUGUCCUUUGAUUUGCCAUUUAAUGAGUAUCUUCCUCCUACUGUUGCUCUGAAAUUUUGGAUUCAGGGUGAAAGUUGUGAUAUGAGCAUGUAUCCUGAUGUGAAUACAAAUAAAGAUAUUAUACUUAUGCUUGAAAAGUGUUCAAAGUUAACCUCCAGAGAUGGUUCUCCUGCAGUUUCUGAUAAUUGCAGUAAAAAGUGGCGAAAUAUGGCUAAAUUAAGUGCUGGAUGGGUAGACUGCUGGUCUGUUCCUAUUGUUGCUUUGAGUAUUGCUUAUGUGUAUCAUCCUGCUCCUCCAUGUGGUCCUUCAGGUUUAGAUUUAGAUAUCACUACACCAGAAAAAGAAGAAAUUCUUUUGUCACCUAUAAGGCCUAAUGGUUCUCAAAAUCAAAAAAAAAAUUUAUAUUGUAGAAAUCCAGAAUUUGACCCUUUAACUCUAACUGCUGAUACUGUUCAUCUGGAAUUAGAAAUUGGACCUUCUGUUUUAAAACUAUACGGCUGUCUUCUUCGAAAUUUGAUUCAUUUAAAGGAAAACUAUUUUGGCGAGACUCAAAAGUUUUUUGAAUUUGAUUCUCCUAUUAUCACACCUAAUCAAGUACAGUUACCGUGUAAUAAAGACAGUGAUACCAAAGAAUUUGAUCCUCGAGUUUAUCGUCCUUUUGAAGUCACUGUGUCUGUAACUAUGCAUGAUAUUCAAGGCCAUAUUAUGAAGUGUUGCAAUGAAAGUGAUCCUCCAUGUCCUAGUUUGUAUUUGGAGCGGUUAGCUUUCGAAAUACACAAGACAUAUGAAGAAACUGUGCUUCAGUUACUGCUGUCACCCUUGAUUUUAAGUUCUGUGGACACAGUAGAGAGAUCAGAAAGUCAUAGUCAUUUAAAAGAUGGUCAUGUUGUUGUCUCUUCUAUCCAAGUCAGAGGCCAUGCUAUGUUUUCUAGUGUUGACAGACCUUUAGAUAGUGAAACACUUGAAUAUGCUUGGCUUGUUGAAAUAUUAGUUGGGGAUAUUACGGGCAGGCUUACCGUUCCACAGAUUUAUCAUACAGUAACAGGCUUUGAAUUGUUUGUAUUUCAAGUUCAGCAAGCUGAUUGUGACCUUCAGCCUCCUCAUGCAUUUAAGUUAUGCCAACAUGAUAUACCCCAGUCUCUCUGCUCGCAAACAACUUCUUGUUUGCCAUGUCCUAGUCCAGAUGAUAUUAAGUACAGAAUGACUAGACUUUCUGUGGAUGCUUUGGAUAUAUGUGUUGUUGAAAGUGGAACCGCUAUUGAAAUUGAGGCUUAUCCUGUCCGUCUUGCAACAUGUAAUCUGCAUGGAGGGGAUACAGUUUCUGGCUUGAGCAUGCUUCUUCAUCAUGUACAGUUUAAACAGUAUGCAAGAAUAAGUUCAAACUUAGUUUGCUCUUCAGCUUACAGUAUAGUUAGUCAUGGGCAAGCAUCCCAACAGAGUUCUGCAUCUGAAAUCUGGUUAGAAGUUGGGGGAUUUAGUCUUGGGCCAAUACAUAUAGAUUCAGCUACAUCGCAAAUAAAAAAGGAUGAAUGUAUUCAGCAAGAAAUUUUUUUAAAAGUGCAUGAUGCAAAGAGGAAAAAAUUGUGGUUUCUAUGGCCAGAUGUUGAAUCUGUUCCUCAUAUAGUUUAUGGGAAAUGUGGGUGUGUUGGUGGCUGUGCAUUUUUUGGAAGCAAUCGAAAUGGUCCAUAUUUUUUUUCUGUUAAUAAUCAUCUCGAUGAUGUUGGACUUGUCUCAGCAAAAUAUCAUAUUAGUUCAGAUAGCAAUCUGGGAUAUGGAGAAAGUAUGUUGCACAGAGGACAUUUUGUGUUUGAUAUUCCUGAAAAUCCACAUGUUCAUGGUACAAUCUAUAGUCCUAGUCAUUCUGAAAAAUCUUUCAUCGCUACUGAGAAUUCUACUUUUAACAGUGGAAGCAAAAGUCAUGAUAUGGCAACAUCAAAGUCUUCAGAAACAGAAUCACAAUUUAUUUCCAGAGGACAGAGUGCGUUUUCUGAAAGCUUUCUAGAUGAUAAAGUAUUUUUCAACCAAAAUAAAAUUAUCAGUGAAAAUAUUGCUGAAAAUGCCCAAAGUUGUGACUCAAAUUUUGCCUCACUUACUAGAGAACACAGGUAUAGUCAAAUGCGUGGCAUCAAAAGACAAUUCAGUAGUCCAACCCAUAUGUCCAUGCCAUCUAGUUCAUCUAUAGUGUCUUCUUAUCAGAUAUCCAUGGCCCAGUCUGCUCCUGUAUCAGGAAAACAUGAACGGAAAAUACCAGUGAAGAAUGAAGAGUGGAGAAACACUUUUGAAAACAGUGUUAAUCAUAUACCAUUGGUUAGAGAAGGAAGUGUGAGUCCAGGCUUAUCCCAAAAUAGGUACAGUUCUCGUUUUUCUUUAAAUACAUGUCCCAAUGGUAGAGGUGAAAAUAGUGGAUCUCGGCAUUCUCUUGCAAGCAUUGCUGCUCGCAGUUACUCACCUCGAUCUGUUCGUAGAGCAGCAUCAACUGAAUCUACACAUUCUACAGAAAGCUUUUUCUCAGCUGAUGAAGAUGCUAUAUCUUCUGUGGACACAACAGAUACUACUACUUCUGAUGACACUCAUGCAGAUGAGGAAAAGCGUCAUAUUGUCAUUAAAAAUGGAAAUAAUUCUGUUGACAGGAAAGUUUCAGCAGCUCAAAGAUCUCUUCAUGAUAUUCAAGAAACUCCAUCUCAGCAAUCGAGUGACAGUGAUCUACAUGUGACUGUUUUACAAAGGACUCCCUCAUGUGGAAAUCACCAUGACCCUUCUGAUUCUAAUUCCAUAUCAAGUACAUCUUUUCUUUCUGCAAUGUCUUCUCAGGAAGAUAUUGCUCUAGUUGAUUUGCAUAAUCAGAUGGACAAGCCCAUUAUUGAGUCCCCUCUGUUAAUGUCAUGUUAUAUGGCUCAUAUGACUCAACUGCAAUGUCAUCAUUGGUUUCAACAUCCACCUUUGCCUCACCUAGUUCAUCAGACAGAUGAUAAUCAUAAUGGAACAAGUAAAGAUUUUAUUUUUCAUCGGGUGCAUUCAGCAUGGAAGCCAAAAUUCAUACCUCUGACAGAAGGGUUUACUUCUAUACACAUGGUGGAUAAAAACAAAGUUUCUAGUUAUCACCAGAAAUUUGGACAUACUCAGAAAUCCACGUCAGCACAUUCUGAAGAAGAAUUCCAGCCAGGUUCUUUUCAUCAGGAAAUGAAAAAAGAUGAUUAUGGGACCAGUGAUUAUAGCACAAAAAAUGCAUCAAAAAUCGUUUUAGUAAUAAAAUUAAGUGGAGAUAUGCACUUCAUGAUUUCCCCAUUACUGGUUGAAAGUCUGAGAAGUUUUAUUGAUAUUCUUACACCAACAUUGGCUCAACUUCAUCCUCUUACAAUCGUAAAUCAUCUGCAUGUGCUGUGCUCUCGUGAUGUUCAACAAAAUAAUCAGCUUAAGAAGGAAAAAGUUCUUCAUUUAAGCCAACUUCGUGCACAGAUCUUGGAAAAGUAUAAAAAGAGGCCUAUCAACAGCAAUGGAAAAAAUCUUGAUGGUAGCUCAGAAAAUCUUGGAAAUAACUAUGAAGAGAUGCGCAUAAAUCAUACAAGAACACUUAUAAAAAUUGCUAAGGUAAAUAUCAGUAUUAUGCAGGCAUCAAUAGUAGAGGAAGUAAUUGCUUUUUCUGCCUUGGAUAACUUAAAGGAUUUAACUUGUGUUUCUCUUCUUUCUGUUUGUGUUGAUAAUACAUUAAUUCAGCUAUCCCACAGUUGUCAAGCUAAAAAAGUUAUUCAGACAUUUACUGAUUAUUGUAAUGGUAGCAUUGCUCGUUCUAAGAUAAGUGAGCGUUCAGCAAAGAAAGUGAAAACUGAUUCGCUUCCCACCGAAUUAUUGACUGUAGAGACCAGUGAGACUCAGCAGGAAGAAACCAUUUUGUCUGCUUCAGUUACUUGUGUUCAUUGCCAGUUGCGCAGGUUAAAGAAUAAUAGUAGCAUUUUGAAAGAAGCAAUGCUUACUGUGAUACCUUAUCAUAGAAGUAAAGUUGAAUUUACUUUUGAAAAUUACUGCUUUUUAGGAAGACAGCUGUCUAAGCAAAGUGAAAAACAAGAUUCUAUUUUAGAUUCAGAGUGGAAUCAAUAUUUGGAUGAAGAAAAGAUGGGAUUUAUAAUGUUUGAGUGUGGCCUUGAGGAUAUAGGUAUCAAAUUUGUGAAACGAUGGGGGUAUGAUUCUCCAAAAUGUAUGGAAUUAGAUGGCAAUAAUUAUAACCUUAAAUCAGGAAAUGAAGUUAGGGUAUCUGCAAAAAAGCCAUGUGUUACAACUGACUUACCAUCUCCUUCCAGACAUAGUCAUAGAUCUUCCAAUGUUGAUGAACACACACACUGGGAUACUAAAAUGUCUUUUCCAUCAUGUGUAUCUGAGUGUGGAAGCUUUAGCAGUUCUGAUGGAAGCAAAUCCAUAGUAAAUCAGCAAAAUUUAAAGGGAGAUGCUUCUUCUUUUAUCAUUGAAUUGAAAACUGUUUGGUUCAAUUUUGCAGCUCCUCCAAGGACACCCAAUACAAGAAAAAUUGAUUUUACCAGAUUGGACUGGCAUUUGUUGAGUACUGCUACACCGUCUAUAAAUGCAUGGCUGAAGCCAAGUGACCGCCUUGUUGUGUCUGUUCGCAAAAUGGCUAAAGAAGCUGGUCAGAGGUCAGCUGCUGCAAUGGCUUGUCUUAUGGCAGAAGCUUUAGAAGUUCAGAGUAUACAUAUGCCAAUAAAGAGUAAGUACCUGGCAUACAAGCUAUCUCCUUUAGCUAAGACCCUUCAAGAAGAUCCUUCCUGUCAACUGUUAAUGGUAUUGAGAAGAUAUUUGAAGCAAGUUGAUAUUGAAACUGUAGAAGAAAAUUUAGUGGCUGAAUGUAUACCUCCUACAAAAACUUUAUACCGUGGCCUUAUAGCUUUAAGUCGGCAAUGGAAAAAUGUUCUUUAUAUGCCUUUUCUUGUUGAACAAAAUAUUAGGUUUCGUAAAAAUAUGAGACCUUUAAACAUAUCAUUUUCAGCUCCUAAAAUUGAUGCCAUGCUUUCCAGCCAUGAAGAUGUUGAUAAAGUGUCUCUUGAUGAAUGUGAAGUUACCGAUGAAACAACUAACUUAUUAAUUGCUGAAGGUGGAUCUUUAACAGUUGGUCAGGGACCAAAGGUCAUGUCAACCCAAGGUACUCCUCCUAUAAAGUCAUAUUCCAGUCCUGAAACUGGAUCACAUUCUAGCAGCAGUCAGCAGGAACUAACUGAAGAAGCUGUGAGUAGUGGAUCUGGACCCAAUAAAACAAGAAGGAAACUUCCGAGUUAUCCUCCUCGCACUUCUAGAGCCAGUGUUGCAUUUCCUCUCUUAGGUGGCCCCCUUGAUUCUCCUGGGCGUUAUGCUGAUGGUAUGAAUGGGAAAACCAACGGUUUCGUUUUACAUCAGUAUGGUUUAAAUGCUAUUUCGAAACUGAAACGAAAUGACAGCAGACAUAGUCUAAAAUCUACGACUUGGAGUUUGUCUAGUAUUGAGCCAAAUUUACAGUCCUCUGUUUUUGGCACACCACAAAAAGGUUUUGCUAAUGGAGAUAUGGAUCAAGUUGAUGAAGAUUUAUAUAAUUGGAUGGCAAGGCAGCAAGAUUAUAUUCGAAAUACAAACAAUCAAAAAAGGUUGGAACAUGCUCACUUAGAUUCCAAAAAGAGUACAUUUGCAACAGAAAAUAGUUUUGAAGUUGAAGUUCCAAAAUCUGUUGCUGCUGCAGUUAAUUUUGCGCCUUUGAGCAUUCAAUUAGCUGAUGCACAUGUGAUAUUUCAGCCACUUCUCAACAGUAUUGGUGUACCAAAUCAAGCACAUAGUACAUCAUUUAGUGCCAUAUUUGGUCCAAAAAUAUCAGUUUCUGGUGCUGUUGAACUGUUAAAAAUAGAUAUAGUAGAGUCCGAAUAUCAGAGCAAUGUACGUCAAAAGAAAAAAACAAAUCGAAAACAAACAAAUAUUCAUGGAAAAUUUUUUAUUGACACUAGCAUGGACACGCCUACAUUUAUUUGUGAUAAAUUUUCUUUAGAAAUGGAACUGCGUGAGACGUUUCAUCAAAAGCCAGAAAGUGUUAGUAAUGAUACUUUAAUAUCUUCACAGCCUUUCAUGUUGAUGUCAAAUGGUUCCAAGCAUUCUACAGUCAUAAAUUUUACAAUUGAUAUAAAUUUUGUUGCUCAGCAAGUUAACAUGCCUUUACUUCGCCUUUUGCACCAAUUCUCAACAAUGUAUGAAAAUAUUAAAGAAACACGUCUUGAGUUAAAAGCAAAUAGGCCAAGUUCAUUUAAAGAAAGUAUCAAGAAUGAAAAGAAGGGUUUUUCGCCUUCAGAAAGUCAAACAGGAAGUUAUCGAAUCAAUUCCCCCCGACCAGCACCGCCAAAAUUUAAUACACCUACUCCAACACCUACAAAAUCAUCAUCAGUUGGUGUUUCCAGCUUAACGGCAGGUAUUCGCAGACCUCACACUCUUUCUCAGAGAUUGAGAGCAAGUACUAAAGGAUACACAAAUUUACAAGAGAUGACUUCAAAAGAAGAACGUUCAUGUAGUCCACUGAGUUUUACUUUGAGCGAGUCAGUAGCUAUUGAUAUACCUGACACAUGCUCAGCCCCUGCCUCUGAGCAUACUUUAUUAGGAGAAGUGAAGGAACUUCAUCCUCGAUGUUGGAGAACAAUGUUUUAUUUAUUGGACCUUUAUGACACUAUGCCUGAACCAAAGACUAUAAAUGAAAGGUGCUCAGCAGCUCAAAUACCACCAGAAAGAAAAUCUCCUGAUGUAUCUGAAGAGUAUAAAGGCAAUGGUAAAUAUGAACCUCUUAAAGAGCAGCAAGUUGAUGCAGAUGUUCCUGAUAGUCAGAUAAAUGGUGCUUUGAAAUCUGGUAAACCAGUGUCGCCAUUACUGGCGAAAGAUCAUUUAAAAGGCUUUACUAAAGCUUUGAUUGUGAGGGACUGGACUCCUUUAGUUGUUUUCGGUGUUGCAACUGUUCACAAAACACGUCUGUUGGCCAUGUUGAGUGGUUUGAAACUUGAAGGAGAACUAAAUGGAUUUCAUUUAAGUUUGACUCAUAAAGAAAGAGUUCGUGGAACAACUCGCAAGUGGAGUGAAUCCUCAUUAGCUGGUCAGCUGGGACAAGCAAUGGUUGUUGUCUUGGAAGGUGUACCUCCUAACCAGCAAACUGUUGUGAAGAUGACUGUGUGCAAAUCUCAGGCAUUGUACUCAAGUCAGAAUAAAAAAGGAAAAGAUCGCAACUCUGCUUUGUUGACAGUUGGGCCUAUAAAUAUUGAUAUACCUCAGCAUCCAGUGGUCUUGCAUGGUAUGAUGACAAGAAGCAGUCGUCAGUUAUCCACCACUCUACAGGAAUUAAGAGCCACAAGGCAACCAUUACGACCCAGUCGCCAAAUUGAUGAGUACAGUGCAAGUGCAGCAAAUCAUUCACCUCAACCACCAUGGGACACCCCUGCUCAAAAUCGGCUACCUGAUUCAGGACAUGAAUUAAUUAAACCUAUUAUUAUACAGUUCAGUAUCAUAUUAGACAGUUUAGCAAUUGGAGCAGCUGUGUUACCAUCUCUUCGAGCACAGUAUCAGAUGGGCAAAGUUACCAGCAUGGGUGUUACAGGAAGUAAAGCAAAAUUUACUGUUGAUCUCCCACAGCAUACAUUAAGCUUCAAUACUAAGGUUCAGCCAUCAGAAGGAAAUAUGCCUUCUUCAGCCAGUGUUGAUCUUCCAUUGGUCCAUAUAUCAGCAGAAUAUAUUCAAGACCCAACAUCUACUAAUACUGCCAUCAACAAAUUGGAAUCAUUUACUGAUGGUGUUGUACUUUGCCAAGGAAGCUAUUUAAGUGCUUUAGCAGAAAUUGGCUCUUUUGAACACAGUUUAACAACUGAUUUACUAAAUCAUUUGGUUCUUGUGCAGAAAGUUUUUAUGAAGGAAGUCAAUGAAGUUCUUCAAAAAAUGUCAGGAGCUGAUAAACCAGUGCCUUUGUGGGGUGACCAGGACAAAUCGACUCACAUGAGACCCAGAAGAUUGCUGUUUUCUCUACUUUUGCGUCUGAAGGGUAUACAAAUUACAGCCACUACACCAACAAGUAGUGCUGUGCGUUUAGAAACUGGUGUGGUUGAACUUCAGCUUUCUAACCGAGUUCAGAAUAUGUCUUCUAGUUGCCCAUAUACAGGUAUUAAUUUUAGUUUGCU